UUGUAUUGGAUGGAAUGGAAGAGGGGGAAGGAUCAUGAAAGGUAGGAGGGAUGAGGAGAACGGACCAUCUAUCUUUCCCAAUCUCACGAUCUGUGUUUCCAACUAAAGGGUGGAGAAGUGUGAGGAAGAGAUACAGAAGGGGAGAGUGAGCAAUUGGGUGAUGGAAAGGGGAAAAUGGAGUGAGAAGUAGAGAGAGUAUGAGAGAGGGAGAGAUUGAUAGCAUGUCAGGACUCAGUAGCUUCCUGUUUCUACACUCUACAUUAUACCUUUCAUUUGGACGCUGUCCAGCCAACAGGAAUAGCAGCAUGUGAGGGGACAGCAUCCCCUGCCCUGUCAGAAACAGGCUCCUGCCCAGAAAACAAGCACACAAAAUUACACACACACACACACGUGUGCUGCGGAGAGGACUAUCGACGCAGGGGUGCAUCAUGAAGUCUCAGCAGAAAUGCAUCGUAAUCUUUGCGUUGGUGUGCUGUUUCGCCGUGCUGGUGGCCUUGAUCUUCUCAGCGGUGGAUGUCUGGGGAGAGGAUGAAGACGGUAUAACAGAGGAGAACUGUAACAAGAACUGCAGGGUAGUGCUUGUGGAGAAUAUUCCAGAAGAUGUCACCUUCUCUGAGAAUGCUACGUCCCACUUCCCCCUCUCUGCUGGGCUGCACAGCCUGUUGGACCUGGCAGUGGCUGGUCACUCUGUGGAGAUUGUGUCACCUCAAUGGAACCUGAACCCCCCGGACUAUGAAUCCAGAUUCCUACAAUCUUCUAGGCAGGGUCAGGCUUUGCUGCAAAGACUGCAGGGGCUGAAGAAGAAGGGAAUCAUUUUGAAGAUAGCCAGUGGAAUGAUCAACUCUUCAGAGCUGAAGAGCCUGUCUCGUCACAGUGAGGUACACUACAUUAACAUGACAGCCCUGACCAAAGGCUUUCUGCACUCUUCUUUCUGGGUGGUGGACAGGAAGCACAUCUACAUCGGCAGCGCCACCAUGGACUGGCGAUCACUGUCCACGAUGAAAGAAUUGGGCAUCAUCAUCUACAACUGUAGUUGCCUGGCACUGGACCUGCACAGGGUAUUCAACCUCUACUGGCAGCUGCAGUAUAAGGACUUUAUACCGUCCAUGUGGUCCAAAAGGCUGAGCGGCCUGUGGAACAAAGAUGAGAACCUUCCACUUCUCUUCAACAACACCAAGGCUGAAGUCUUUGUCUCUAGCUCUCCAGAUGUCUUCUGCCCUAAAGACAGGACCAGAGACCUUGAUGCCAUAUCCUACGUGAUCCAAAGGGCCAAGAGGUUCAUCUACAUAUCCAUUACAGACUAUCUGCCUCUCACCAACAGGAAUUCUCACAGAUACUGGUCACGUAUAGACGGGAUGCUUCGGGAGGCCUUGAUCCUGAGGAACAUCGAAGUGCGUCUGCUAGUAAGCUGCUGGGAGCAGACGCAUCCCCUGACCUUUAACUUUGUGUGGUCCCUGAAGACGCUGUGCAUGGAGCUGGCCAACUGUUCAAUGGAGGCUAAGUUCUUCAGCCCCAGGGAGCAGAGAGAUGGCACGCUACAGGGAAUCAACCAUAACAGAUUCAUGGUGACAGACAGUGCUGUGUACAUAGGCAACUUUGACUGGGUGGGGAAUGAGUUUACGUUCAACGCUGGAGCAGGCUUGGUGAUUAAUCAGGCGGAGGGGGUGAAAGAGAAGAACUCAACGUUGGUGGAACAGGUGAGGGCUACGUUUGAGCGGGACUGGUAUUCACGCCACACCAAGAGCCUGCAGGCUAACAAGAUCCCAGUCUGCAACAAGCACCAGCUCAACCAACUGGCACAUCUCAAAAUCGCUCAACCAACAGAGAGCAAUGGGAGUAAGGAGAGUCCCAAUGGCUCCUGUGAAUCCGAAGACGUGGUGCGUUACGAGACUGAUUUAUGCAGGCUUUAAGAGAAAAUUAACAGUUUAAUACUGAAAUCGGACACUGUAGACGUAAUAUAGGACUUGGAGGGCAUUUGUUCAUCUAUUGAACCUUCUGCUUAUUUCAUCCUGACUGUUUCUUACAGAAGACAUUCGUGGAAAGGGAACUGAUCAAAUAAAUGGAUUGUCUAUUGAAUGCUGAACCUCAGUAAAUAUAGUUCAUCGUUAAAUCCAUUUGGCCAAUAAUGACAUCAUUCAUCACAACCCUUUAAAACCCUCUCUGGCCCAAGCAGGUUGGAGCUGCAUGGACAGUAGUGUGGAGAUAUCUUAUACAAAUCUAUACUCCAAAAGGUGUUUACCUGGUGUGUCUUCAAUUUUCAUUUACAAAGUGCAGCAUACCUCCAACCUCGACCAAAUGAACUGGGGCCAUCUGUCUGUUGGACCACAGCUGAUCAAAUGAAACUAAUGGGGAAAAUAGGAAUGCCAGAAACCUCACCCGACUCAUAAGAUAAAGACAUAUAUUUGAUGUUUAUUGUUGCAGAGUAAAGACAAUUAUGCCCCCAUUGGCAUUCAUCUACUUUGGUAUCAUGCCUAAAAUACUGUUUUGGUCUAAACCAGAAUUGAAUGUAAACUGACUGGGGUUGAUCUCAGAAUCUUGACUGAAUUUCUAGCAAAAGUUGCAGUCUUCUAUUCUGUAUAUUUUCUAUGUUGGAAACACUCAAUAGGGUAGAACUAGAUAUUUAACUUGUGAUAGAGCUUUAGGGCUGUUAUGUUUUUAACAUGAUCAAAUAAUUUAUAUAUUAUUAAUUAUUUUUUGAGCGUCUUGCUUCCUGAAAAGUGUUGAAACCACCAUGUCCAUGGACAGUACUUAGUUUGUAAUGGAUAUGCUAUCAUACCCCGGUCUUAUGCAUAGGUUAAAACGAAAACCAACUGAAGCGGUCGAUAGCAUACUAACAUUGGAAGGAGCUGAGCUGUCCUUUUAAGGUCUAAGAGAAGGAUGGGCAACAGGCGGGCCCCCCUUUUGUAGGCCCACGGAUCAAUUUUCAAAGCCUUAAAACAAAAGAUCUGUCAGGGUCUCAACUUACUGUUGAGUUAGAUUAGUAGAAUACACAAGGUGACAUUUUGAAAUUUGGUUGUGCAUCAGCAGUUUCUCUCGUUAUGUCAGUCACUCAAUUAGCCCAUGUCAGCAAAAACAACUGUGAUUGUAAGUUAGCUGGCCACAGGACUAUCUAAACUUUUAGUAAUCAUGGUUGAAUUACCGAUUUUGGGGGGCCUCCAUUGAUGUUGUUAGUCACAUCAUAUUAAAAACUGCAAACCUUUCACUCCACCCCAUGACAAAAUUAGUAGAAUUGCAUGAAAUUAGUUAUAAAAUUGAGAAAUCUUCUCCGCCUCAUGGCAAAUAUGUAUAGAAUUGCAGAAAAUUAACUCUGAAACGUAAAACUUCCCUUAAUGGCCCUCAAAAGGCUCUGAUUGCAUGUGUGAGUAUGGAUGUGGGUACACAGACCAGUGAGCCACUGCUGCCCCCUAUGAUGAGUUCGGCUUUGUUGUGGCCCCCACCCCCAUCAACGUUGCUCAUCCCUGGCCUAAGGUAUUUGUUUGGUAAAGUUACAAGACAAUGAUUUUACCUAAUGGAAUAUUGGUCCUAGAUUCCCAUGGACUUCAUGAAUAAUUAGGUUUAUUAGGUAUAACUGGAAAAGGGUGUUGAACAAGUGGGACAACUGUAGCUCUCUUUAAAAACAGAUGUUGACUUAUUGAACAGAUAUUGUAAACAAUUGGAGGCUAUUUCAGUCAGUAAGAUCAAUAGCAUGACUUUUUAAAGACUGCUAAACACCAUUUCCAGUUCCCCCAAGGACAUGUUUUGAAAUAAGACCUUAUGCAUUGGACUUAACACCGGCAGAGAAAGUAACCACAGCAACUCUUUACACCACACGCAUGAUACACUUUGCGCCUGAACAUCAAAGAUGAUCAACUACAGGAGUUGUCAACACCUUUUUAUGAACAUGUCACUCCAAUGACUAAAUACUGUAUGUAAUAGGCCUAUCUGUGGUGUUUGAUUGGCAUUACACUUCUAUUAAUUCUGUUUCAUCUGUCUUUUCAUAGUAAUAUAAUGGGAGAAUACUUUCUCCAUGUUUACAGGUGGUCCCCUUCACACAUUAUUUUAUAACUGGGGUUCUGUUAUAUCAUAUUCUGAUACAAGAAAAAUAUGUAGUAAAUUGAAAAAAUAACAAUGCACAUACUUCCUGAAAAUAUGAAUACGUUUGUCAGCGUUAACCAGUACAUAAAUGUAGCAUUAACACAUCUAUAAUGUACACUGCUCUUAUGGCAGACAAUGUUCUUAAUCUGACAGUAAAUAUCUGUACAAUAACUUACCCUUUAACUACAGGUAACUGCCAAAAUAUGGGAAACAUCAUCAGUGUCUUAAUAGGGCGUUGGGCCACCACGAGCCGCCAGAACAGUGUCAAUGAGCCUUGGCAUCGAUUUGACAUGUGUCUGCAACUAUUGGAGGGAUGCAACACCAUUCUUCCACGAGAAAUUCAAUCAUUUGUUUUUUUUUGUUGAUGGUGGUGGAUAACGCUGUCUCAGGCGCCGCUCCAGAAUCUCCCAUAAGUG